AUGGCAGAAACGCGGACGGCGGCGCAGAUGCUAUCCCGGCGUGAGACGCUGCUUACAUCGCUGGGUCGGGCAGAAGCUUUCAUCGAAGGAUAUGUUGCAGAACGGGACCAAGCGCAGGUUUCAGUGCGUCUUCAAUACCUCGACGGCAUCUGGAAUGGGCUCGAAGCUGUGCAGGCGCAGCUCGAGGACAACGAAACUACGGAUGAAGGUAGGGCAGAGCAUGCAUGUGUUCGUGAGCAGUUUGAAUCUCGGCUGUUUGAAAUUAAAGCUAGUCUCCUUGCAAAAUUACCUCCGCUUCCCGUUAUUCAAGACCACAGCCCUCCUCCCAUUCGUAGUUCCUCCACUCUCUCUGGUAUCAAGUUGCCUACGACCUCUUUGCCCGAAUUCGACGGUGAUUAUAUGCAAUGGCUUGCAUUCCACGACACUUUCAUGGCGCUCAUUCACUCGAAUCCGGAGUUGCCGGAUAUUCAGAAGUUCCACUAUCUACGAGCAGCUGUCAAGGGUGAAGCUGCUCAGCUGAUAGAAUCCAUCGGAAUCAGUUCCGUCAACUACGCUUUGGCUUGGAGGACUUUGGAGAGCCGCUACUCUAACGACUAUUUGCUGAAGAAGAGACACCUGCAGGCGCUCUUCGACAUCCCUCGCAUGAAGAAGGAGUCCGCUGCGACGUUGCAUAGCCUGGUGGAUGACUUCGAGCGGCAUACGAAGAUUCUGCAGCAGCUGGGGGAACCAACCGAUUCCUGGAGCGCCAUCUUGGAGCAUCUUCUGUGCACGCGACUGCACGACGACUCACUGAAGGCUUGGGAGGACCACGCGUCAACAGUGGAGAACCCGGACUACGCCUGUCUCAUCGAUUUCCUGCAGAGGAGAACCCGAGUGCUGGAAUCCAUUUCGGUGAAUCACCAUACCGCCGAGUCUUCAAGUGGUCAUUCUCAUUCGUCGAAGAGAAAUCACUCUCAUUCCCAGUUUCGCCUCACUUCUUGCGCAUCGACUACCAGCUCUGGGGGUAAGUGCAGUGCUUGCGGCGAAGCGCACUUCAUCGCGAGGUGUUCUAAGAUUCAAAGCCUUCCGAUGAGAGAUCGACAUAAGUUGGUGACUUCCAAACGGCUAUGCCACAACUGUUUGAGCAGUGGACACUUCGUUCGCAAUUGUUCCUCCACUCUCAACUGUCGCAAAUGUAAUCGACGGCAUCACACUUUUCUCCAUGAAACUGAUUCACGAAAAGCCAGUAGCCAAAAUGCUUCUUCUGGUUCAACAGCAGUCUCGUCAGGGUCAUCUUCCACUCCAUCACCUACGAUCGAACCUUCUACGCAAUCUAUAGUCGCUGCUGCCGAAAAUGCUCCACCUGUCGAGGUCAGUACUGCUCUACAACAGCCCCGUAAGAACGUCUUUCUGCUCACCGUUGUCGUGAAGGUCAUCGGUUCCCACGGUUCGGAAUAUCUCGCUCGCGCUCUCCUGGACAGUGCAUCGCAACCAAACCUCAUCACAGAUCGGAUGGCGAGGAUUCUACGACUACGUCGACAGUCUGCAAAUGUAACGGUCCAAGGGGCAGGUCAGCUUUCGAAAUCGAUCACUGAAUCCGUCUUCGCUCAGGUGCAAUCCAGGAAGGGCAACUUUUCUUGUGGUGUGAAUUUGCUCGUGAUGGAUAAAGUGACCGCCGAUCUUCCGUCGCAAAGCAUUUCCACUGCAGGAUGGAAAAUUCCGGAGGAUCUCUUCAUGGCUGAUCCUUCGUUCAACGAGAGCCAACCAAUAGAUAUGGUUCUAGGCGCCAGGCACUUCUACUCCUUCUUCCCCAGCAACGAACGCAUCCAGCUUGACAGAAACGUCCCACUUCUAGUCAAUAGCGUCUUCGGAUGGAUCGUGGCCGGUACUUCGUAUGCUGGCCCAUCCACGCAGGCAUCGAUGCCAACCGCCUCGUGUAGUGAAGUUGAGAUUUCCAUGGUUUCUCUGGAGGAAUGUUUGGAGAGAUUCUGGCGAACAGAGGAGCUGACCAACACCGAUACAUAUUCUGUAGAGGAGCGAAGAUGCGAGACCCUGUAUCAGUCUACUGUCUCCCGAAAUGAAGAAGGACGCUACAUCGUGCGUUAUCCCCGCAAACCCGACUUUGAAGUCAUGAUUGGUGAAUCCCGAAACAAUGCCCAGCGACAAUUCGAACACUUGGAAAAGCGACUGGAACGGGAUCCACAUUUGAAAGAAGAAUAUCGCAAGUUUAUCAAGGAGUAUAUCUCUCUCGGCCACAUGCGGUUGGUCGAAGCUGACGAUGAUGAUGCUCCUGCGUACUACCUGCCCCACCACCCCGUAGUUAAGGAGGAAAGUACGACGACCAAGGUUCGGGUCGUGUUUAACGGCUCAGCGAAAACUUCCACCGGCUUCUCGCUUAAUGAAGCUCUUUGCGUGGGUCCCGUGGUGCAGGACGAUCUUCUGGAUAUUAUUCUUCGAUUCCGUACCUUCCCCAUCGCUCUCGUUGCCGACAUUGCCAAAAUGUACCGGCAAAUACUCGUACACCCCGAUGACGUCAGGUUCCAGCGCAUCCUGUGGCGAUUUUCCGGGAAAACACCAAUUCAAGUAUACGAGUUGCUAACCGUGACGUACGGCUUGGCUCCAUCUUCCUACCUGGCCACACGCACACUGCAGCAGCUAGCGGAAGACGAAGGCGCAGCGUAUCCGAUUGGCGGUCCAGCGCUCAAGAAGAACUUCUACGCGGACGACUUCAUUGGUGGUGCCCAAUCUAUUGAAGAAGCGAUCCGUCUGCGUACCGAGCUCGACGAGCUACUACCGAAGGGUGGUUUCGAGUUGCGGAAGUGGGCCUCUAACCGUCUUGAGGUGUUGCAAGGUCUCAGCAACGAGCAAGUUGGGACACAAUCCGCCCUUCAGUUCACUCCUGAGGAAUCCAUCAAAGCGCUUGGGAUCAUUUGGGAACCUGAAGGCGAUUUUCUCCGUUUUGAUUCCAAGAUGCAGUUCAGCGAUGCAGUUCCAACCAAGCGGUCCAUUCUGUCCGAUACAGCCAGGCUUUUCGAUCCUCUUGGACUCAUCGCCCCGGUGGUCGUUCGUGCUAAAAUCGUUAUCCAGGAAUUAUGGCUGCUUUCCUGCGACUGGGAUGACCCGGUACCAGAACCCCUCCGUUCGAAAUGGGAAUCUUAUCAACAGGAGCUAUUGAAGAUCUCCGAACAUCGUGUAGAUAGAUACGCCCUUCUUUCCGAUUCCGUCGUUCAGAUGCAUACUUUCGCUGAUGCAUCCCAGUCCGCAUAUGGUGCCUGCACCUACGCCCGAUGCGAAGACAGACAAGGGCGAGUAAGAAUCCAGCUUCUAGCUUCGAAGUCCCGUGUAGCGCCGCUGAAACGAAUCACAAUCGCCCGCUUGGAACUGUGUGCGGCUGUGAUGGCCGCUCAUCUACACUCUCGCAUCAAGAAUGCCAUUGACAUCAAGGUUUCCGCUUCUUACUUCUGGUCGGAUUCCUCAGUGACACUGCAUUGGUUGCGGUCACCUCCAAACGUCUGGCCUACAUACGUGGCAAACCGAGUGGCUGAAAUACAGCAGUACACACAAGGCUGCGAAUGGAAGCAUGUUCGUGGAGUUGACAACCCUGCCGACUUGGUCUCUCGAGGAAUGACGGUCGAAGACUUCCUGAACAGCGACUUGUGGAGUCGUGGCCCCGAUUGGUUAUCUCAGCCAUCUCAAAGCUGGCCAAUUUCGAUUCCUCCGGGUGUUCCAAAGGAAGAGGUGAAAACCAUCGUGGCGGUCACUCAAGCGUCAUCAACAAUCAAUCCGUGGUUCUCUCGCUGGUCCUCCUAUAGUCGCUUGCUUCAUAUCGUCGGAUACUGUAUGCGCUUCGUCAGAAACACCCGAUCGAAAGUCCGCACACAACCUUCACACUCAGCUGUUCCCACUUCACACCUGCUCACCGUAGAGGAGAUCAAUAAGACCAAAGCAUAUCUGACCCGAUUGGCCCAGGAAGAUGGCUAUUCCGCCGAAAUAAAGCAGCUGAAGGAGGGGAAGCCCGUUUCAAAACAGUCGCACAUCCGUAAAAUGACUCCAUUCUUCGAUCCAGAGGGAGUCUUGAGAGUGGGAGGACGUCUUGAAUUUGCUCUUAUGCCCUACCAAGCUAAACAUCCUGCCCUAAUCCCUACCAACCAUCCGUUCACCCACCUAAUCGCUGAACACUUCCAUCGCAAACUGCUUCACGGCGGCGGGCGCUUUCUGUUGACUGCCAUUCGCGAGGAGUAUUGGCCACCCAGAGGUCGAAGGCUCGUCCACAGUGUGGUUCGGAACUGCUUCCGAUAUACGCGUCUCAACCCAGUACCGGCUCAGCAGCAACUAGGACAGCUGCCUUUCCAUCGAGUCGUUCCAAGCCGUCCGUUCAGCAUCACGGGAGUUGACUACGCUGGUCCUGUAUAUCUUCGCCCAAUCCACAAACGCGCCUCGUCAUCAAAAGCGUAUCUGUGCCUCUUUGUGUGCUUUUCGACCAAAGCAGUGCACUUAGAGUUGGUCAGCGACCUAUCUACUCAAGGUUUCCUGACUGCUCUUCGACGCUUUAUUGCCCGACGUGGAAGGCCUUCCCGCAUCUAUUCGGACAACGGGAAGAACUUCGAAGGAGCAAGAAACGAGCUAGCUGAGAUGUUCGCCAAAUUCCACGACCGAGCCCAGCAGGACGAAAUCAUUGCCACCUGCAACGACGAAGGUAUCACCUGGCACAUGGUUCCUCCAAAAGCUCCACAUUUCGGUGGCCUGUGGGAGGCAGCCGUCAAAGUGGCGAAAAAGCACCUCUACCGAACCCUGGGAACAACUCGCUUAUCGUUCGAGGAAAUGGCCACCGUCCUCACGCAAAUUGAAGCAGCCAUGAACAGCCGACCAUUGCUUCCGAUGACCGAAGACCCCAACGACGUGGCCGCUUUGACUCCAGCUCAUUUCCUCAUCGGAUCAUCGCUGCUUGCUCUGCCCGACCCAGAUCUGCGACACCUGCCUGCGUACAAACUUGACCACUACCAGCAGCUGCAACUGCAUGCGCAGCAAUUCUGGAUGCAUUGGAAGAAGGAGUAUCUGCAAGAGCUGCUGAAGGACACCCGAUGUUGGAUGCGCAACAACGACAUUACUCCGGGAAAGCUUGUCAUCGUAGUCGACGAGAUGCAACCACCGAUUCGAUGGCCCCUUGCUCGGAUCGAAGCCAUCCAUCCUGGAGGUGAUGGAUUAACGAGGGUUGUUGAUCUACGGACCGCUGGUGGCGGUAUCAUCACUCGACCUAUCGUCAAGAUCUGCAUGCUUCCGUGUUCCAUGGGCACCCAGAACGACGAAGAAAACUCCAGCACCAUCGUUGAUGCCCAUAGCACUAGAUAA